AAGCUAGUGGUGUUCGUUGGAUUCAACCUCCCUCCACUCAUCACGCAAGACACGGGAGAGAUGGCACUCCGACUCCCUCUUCUCUCUCCUUCUCCAUCUGCUUUAUGCUUUCUCCGUUCCACUUCGUCGUCGUCGGCUGAAUUUACCGGCCAAUUUUCAAGGCUAUGGACAAGCAGAAGCAGAACCGGACCGGCACUUCCGGUUCUCACGAGAGCUUCUUCGAAGAAAGACGACGAUAAACCCGCAUUUAACCCGUUCGGUUUUGUCACUGACAAUCCGUCGAGCCGAAGCGCAAUUCAGAUGCCGGAGAGCCCAGCGGAGGACGGAAACGUCGGCCAAAUGCUUUACAGAAUUGAAGACAAAGGAAAGGAAUACGGAUCAUAUGUCAAAUCAGGAAAAUUUAGGUGGUUUGUGAGAGAAACGGGAUCACCUGAAAGCAGACGCGGUACAAUUGUCUUUCUCCAUGGAGCUCCAACACAAUCAUACAGCUAUCGAGUUGUUAUGUCUCAGCUGUCAGAUGCUGGGUUCCACUGCUUUGCUCCUGACUGGAUCGGAUUUGGAUUCAGUGACAAGCCACAACCUGGUUAUGGUUUUGACUACACUGAGAAAGAGUUCCAUGAAGAGUUCGAUAAGUUACUUGAAGUUCUGGGGGUGACGUCUCCAUUUUUCCUUGUAGUUCAGGGAUUUCUUGUGGGUUCAUACGGAUUGACUUGGACCUUGAAAAAUCCAAGCAAAAUAUUGAAGCUUGCAAUUCUUAACACUCCAUUGACAGUUUCUUCGCCUAUUCCUGGACUUUUUCAGCAACUCAGAAUUCCCUUCUUCGGUGAAUUUACUUGCCAGAAUGCAGUAAUGGCAGAGCGCUUUAUUGAAGCAGGUAGCGCCUACGUCUUAAAGCUGGAGAAGGCUGAUGUGUACCGGCUACCAUAUCUGGCAAGCAGUGGACCUGGAUUUGCUUUGUUGGAAGCUGCAAAGAAAGCUAACUUCAAUGAGACUGCACGUCAAAUAGCAUCUGGUUUUGCAUCUGGAAGUUGGGAUAAACCAAUUUUAGUUGCUUGGGGAAUAUCAGAUAAGUAUCUCCCACAAUCAAUUGCGGAGGAAUUUCAGAAGGGAAAUCCUCGAUCUGUCGAACUUAAGCUGAUUGAAGGCGCUGGCCAUAUGCCUCAAGAGGACUGGCCUGAGAAAGUAGUCGAUGCUCUUAGAAUGUUUUUCCGAGUUUGAUGCACGACCUUCAACUGUGGAUUCUCAACUAUUCCUGAUAUUAUUCCACUUGCAGCAGUGCUUUCAUAUGAUAAUGCUUUCUAAGGUGCCCUCCUUUUUCUAUCUUGAAAAGCAUAGUGGAAUUAUUAUGAUUCUGUCAAAACUCAAAAACAAUAGUUGAAAUGUAAAUGCAAUCGUAUAUAACGGCAACAAGUAAUGGAUGAACUUGUGCUCCCCUCCCCGCACCCCACAACCUUCCUCUCCUCUUCCUCUUUUCAAGUACAUUAGUGUUAAGUCAGGUCCAAAAAGUUUCUGUACUAGUGUAAUUAUAGUUGAUAUUUUAAGUAAUGUAAUACUGUUAAAUGUUAUUAAAUCUAAGGAAGACAACUAAUUCUGGCUUAUGGAAACUCUUCCAAUAUCCACAGUG